AGUUUUAAAAUGAACUUACCCACACACUAGCAAAUUCAUAGGAUUUUUAAGGUUAUCUUUACUCUCACUAUGGGCUAGGGUUUACGAGUACCUCCGUUGUAUCUCAAUGGUUCCUUUGUUUCUCUAUUUGCUUAUCUUGGAGACACCAAAAUCUUUUUACUUCUAUUCACUUCCAUGGCUUUAACCAUACACUAGGAUUGCUUUUUCUUUAAAAAAAAAAAACCUAAAGUUUUCAGAAUCAUCCCUUCUUUAACAGAUGGCAACCAAAAACUCUUUCGAUCUGUUGGAUGAUGAUAUCGAAGACCCAAGUUUGCUUAUUGCUGCUGCUGAGAAGCAAAAGCUUGAAAAGCCUAAGAAAGCUCCUGCUUCAACUCCAGCUCAAGCUCAGCCGGCUAAGUCUGCCAAGCUCCCCACCAAGCCACCUCCUCCUGCUCAAGCUGUGAGGGAGGCAAAGAAUGAGUCUGCGCGUGGAGGAGGCCGUGGUACCGGACGUGGUCGUGGACGUGGCGGCAGUGGGUUCAAUCGUGAUUACAAUAUUAGUGAUCAAUCCAAUGGAUAUUCAGGAGGGUACAGACCCUCUGAAGAGGGAGAAAGAGGGAAUCAAUCAGAAAGGCGCGGCUAUGGUGGGCCUCGAGGUUCUUUCCGUGGGGGUCAUCGAGGUGGUUCUAAUGAUGGAGAAUCUGGUGAAGGGGUACGCCCACGUAGGCAGUAUGAUCGCCGUAGUGGGACUGGGCGUGGGAAUGAGUUCAAACGCGAUGGUGCUGGACGUGGUAAUUGGGGUAGUCCUACUGAUGAAGUUGCUCCGGAGACUGAAGAAAAUGUCCCUGAGAAUGAAAAGAAUGUGGGCACUGAGAAGCAGUUUGUAGAGGAAGAUGCUGUGAAUGCCAGCAAGGAGAACACGGCAACUGAACCUGUGGAGGAGCCUGAAAAUAAGGAGAUGACUUUGGAAGAAUAUGAGAAGAUUCUUGAGGAAAAGCGGAAAGCUUUCCUUGCCCUCAAGACUGAAGAAAGGAAAGUUGAUGCUAAAGAGUUUGAGUCCAUGCAACAACUUUCAAAGAAGAUUAAUGAUGACAUCUUUAUCAAACUGGGUUCUGAAAAGGACAAGCGAAAAGAUGCUGAUAAAGAAGAAAAAGUAAAAAAGUCUGUCAGCAUCAAUGAGUUCCUGAAGCCUGCGGAAGGGGAGAGGUACUAUGGCCCCGGGCGUGGUCGAGGCCGUGGCCGUGGUCCUAGAGGUGGAUAUGGUGGCAACACAGCUAGCAAUGUGCCAGCCCCCUCAAUUGAAGAUCCUGGCCACUUUCCCUCCUUGGGUGGCAAGUGAGAUCCACGACUGCAAUCUACACAAUGGAUUUCACUUGCUUGGAAUUCAUUGUGAUCUAUUCAAUAUUCAGGAGUCAAAAAGGUUUUGAGGAAUGAUGACUUUAUUGGAAACCAUUUGAUGUUUUUGAGUGUAAAUUUUAGAUAAUUUACCCAUGGUCUUUUCCUUAACAUGCAUGCAUACCUAUUUUUCUUUUUUUUU